UUUUAAAAAGCUUCGAUUUCUUCCAAAACCCAACUGAGGAAACAAACCUUGGAUUCUUUAGUUGAAAGUUGGAGAGUUAGAGUCUCCAAUGCAGUGGAUUCGAGGGCAAACGAUUGGAUGUGGAAGUUUUAGUACUGUCAAUUUGGUAGUACCUAAUAAAAAAGGCUUUUCACAAUGUCCUCCUCCAAUGGCGGUCAAGUCUUGUGAAAAUAUCAACUCUGAUUCUCUCAAGAACGAGAAGGAAGUGCUUGAUCAACUUGGUUUUUGCCCGCAAAUCAUCCGUUGUUUUGGUGACGAGUAUACCGUUGAGAACGAUGAGAAGUUGUAUAAUUUGUUCUUGGAGUAUGCUAAUAAAGGAAGCUUGGCUGAUCAGGUUAAGAAAAGCGGUGGAAACUUGGUAGAAUCCGAUGUUAGACGAUAUGCAAGAUCCAUACUUGAAGGGCUACGCUUUCUUCAUGCCAAAGGGUUUGCUCAUUGUGAUAUUAAACUUCAAAAUAUUCUUUUGUUUGGCAAUGGGGAUGUCAAGAUAGCUGAUUUUGGAUUGGCGAAGAGAAACGGGAAAGAAGGAGGAGAACGAUGGAGGUUGGAAAUCAGGGGAACUCCUCUCAAUAUAGCACCAGAGUCAGUGAACGAAAACGAGUAUGAUUCACCGGUGGAUAUCUGGGCACUUGGAUGUGCUGUCGUUGAGAUGUUUACAGGGAAAUCAGCCUGGAAUUUCAAACCAGGAACAAACGUGGCGGCUUUACUGAUUAAAAUUGGUGUUCGUGAUGAAUUGCCUGCAAUUCCUGCAGAGUUAUCUGAGCAAGGAAAAGAUUUUCUUCGGAAGUGCUUUGUUAAGGAUCCAAAGAACAGAUGGACUGCUGAGAUGCUCCUGGAUCAUCCAUUUAUGGCUGGCGAUGAUGAGACGAUUGCAAUGAAUCGAUGUGAAGAAGAAGCGUCAACAUCUCCAAAAUGUUCUUUCGAAGAAUUUUCAGUAUCACCAAGACUUCCUUUCGAUUUUCCGUACUGGGUUUCAACUCAAUCAACAGCUUCUUCUCAAUCGAAUUUUCAACAGAAUUCAAGCCUUGUUUCGUCGUCUCCAAGUUACGUUUCAUCACCAUUGGAUCGGAUUCGUCAAUUGGCUUGUGACCAGGCGCCCAAUUGGUCAGUUUGCGGGAGCUGGAUCACGUUGAGGUAG